GGCCGCCUUUCUCUGUGCCCCUCUCGUCUCCUUCCCUGCCUGGCGUGGCCGCCAUCUUGUUCUCGCCGCGUGUUGGCUGCGGAGGGGCUGCCGGACUCAGACACAGCAUCAUGAAUCAAGAAAAGUUAGCCAAGCUUCAAGCUCAGGUCCGAAUAGGCGGAAAGGGUACAGCUCGCAGAAAGAAGAAGGUGGUGCACAGGACAGCGACAGCUGAUGACAAAAAACUUCAGAGUUCACUCAAAAAAUUGGCAGUAAAUAAUAUUGCUGGAAUUGAAGAGGUGAAUAUGAUAAAAGAUGAUGGAACAGUUAUUCAUUUCAACAACCCCAAGGUCCAAGCUUCCCUUUCCGCUAACACUUUUGCAAUUACUGGUCAUGCAGAGGCUAAACCGAUCACAGAAAUGCUCCCGGGAAUCUUAAGCCAGCUUGGUGCUGACAGUUUAACAAGUCUCAGGAAGUUAGCUGAACAGUUCCCAAGACAAGUGUUGGAUAGCAAAGCAACAAAAUCUGAAGACAUUGAUGAAGAAGAUGAUGAUGUCCCCGAUCUCGUAGAAAACUUUGAUGAAGCAUCAAAGAAUGAAGCGAAUUAAAUCAUUAAUAGUUCUGGAAGCUGGCAUGGACUAGAUUUAAGAAAUCAGCUAUGUGGUUCCAAAGUUUUACGGAAACAGAGAACAUCACCUGUUAAUAGUUCAGUAAUAUAAAUAUUUUGUAUUUUAAUUAUGCUGUUUGUUCAGCAUUUUCUGUCAGUUGAUUUUGCAUUUUGCACUUACUCCCAGGAUCUACUUUUUCGGUCAAAAAAUAAGAAAUGUCAGUGCAGUUUGAGGGUGUGUGCAUGUGCAUAUGUGUAUGGUGUGGGUGUACAUAUAGUGGAGAACAAAUUGGAGAACAGUUCUAUUUAACCUUCCCUUUGCCCUCAGAAAUAGAAGUAAAACAAAUCUUUACAGUUGUUACUUUUUAUUUCCACCAAAUAGUGCACAGAAAUUGGUGAAAAGUGAAAGUCUUACUUGUCCACAUUUCAUUAAUUCAAGGCAUUCUGCCAUUAAGACUUGGGUUUAAUUUGCUGUGUUAACUAUUGUACUUGCCAAUAUGUAUCUCUUCCAUGUUGAAAAUGUUCACAUGCUAUUUGCUAUCAACCUCAUGUUGAUUCCAAAUGAUACCAAAGACAGGAUAUUUACAGCCUGUUUGGUAUGGUAACAUUUUAAAAAAUCAGACCUAGAAGAGUUUGCUUAUUUUUCUUUUUAAAAUUCCUUUCUCUCUCGCUGUCUCCCUCUAUUCCUCCUUUAACUUUAGCCAACUCUAUCAGCCUUCAUUUCGAGUCCCUUAUUAUAGAACUGAUGUUUGUUCAACCCAUUUCACAUAGACUAAGCAGUAUGUUCUCCUCUUGAUUAUGUGGGUGUACUUCCCAGGAAUAUUACUUGCUAAUUUUAAGAGGAGAUUAGUUCUCUCUACCCUCCAGAAGAGCUAGGUUGAGUCAGUUCUUGAACUUGGACAUCCAGUUGGUAACAAUUCGGUGCAUUAGUUUUGCACAAUAACAUACUGUUGCUUAAAGGAGCUUGUUUGAGCUGUUCCAGUGCCAUAACUGCAGCUACUAGGAGCUGACAAGGCACUGUCAUUCUCCAGGGCACUAAAAAUUAGGAGUGUCUUGCUAAUGAUAUUUAAUGUGAGAGAAAGAGGUCAUUGAUCAUAUUGCUGUAGCUUCCUGCUGGACAGUUUGUGCAAUGACUCUGAAGGGAUUUUUUUGGCCUAUCUGACUUUGCCUAUAACCUACCUCUAGGUUUGGUAUCAUGGCUAUAGUAGCUUAUUAAAAACCACAAACCUUCCGUAGGCAUGCAGAGGACUUUGGAGGUAUCACUGGUAUACUGCAGUAUUUUCUGAACCUUCCUUCAAAAUGCUCAAUGUGAAUCCCUUUGUCAGAGGCUCUUUGAAGGUGCUUGAUGUAACUUGCAUUACAACAUAGUUGGCAUCACUGUUAACCUGUGUCAAGGGCAGCUGUGGCUUAGGAAAGCCAUUUUUCUCUAAAUCUAUCAUCUUAACUAUAGCUUAAUUCUGAGACAUAUCAGCUUUCUACGUAGGUUCGUACACUAGAUAACAGUAAAAUACAAGGCUAUCAGUACACGAGAGUUCUAGUGACAUCAACGUAAACUGCAGAAGCAGAGCUCUUGUGGUUUGUCAUCUGGACUCAAUUUAUUUUAUAGACUUGUUCAGUUUUCCUGUUAUAUUUUAUAUAAUACAUGGAUCUUACUACAAAAUAAAACAACAAUACAAAAGAGGAAAUGUUCCCUCUUGUGUGUCAUUUCCUUCUCCCAGUAGUACCUGUUGAGGAACGUGUUGAUGCAGCUGCUGCUUUAAAUAGCAUUACAUUCAUUGUCAUGUUGCAUUUGAUAACUAACAGGAAAGCUUAAUGGAUUGGGAUAGAUCCUGCAAUACUUUGAGAAAGCCCUUAGGAUUCUCACCUUCUCCACCCCUUUUCCCAUUCGGACUAGAUGGGACUCCCUUCACUCUCAUGGCUACUCCAACCUUCUGCAGAUUGUUGCUCUUGGUUAAUGAAAAUCUCUUAUUCUUUCACACACAUACAAGCUGAGCAAACUGCCCUUCCAAUGCCUCUUCUGGCCCAGUGAGCAAAGAAAGGAGACUGGGAAACAACCUUUCAGUUUUGCAGAGCACUUCCACUAGUUAAGUGGCAUGAAUGAAGAACAUUUAAAAGUUGCAACUGCACUGACUUUACAGAUAUCCGGCAUAUUUUUUCACUACCAAUCAUUUAGUCAUUGAAAAUCCACAUAUUGUAGUAUAAAGCAUUGAUUUCUGUAAUAGCAAGUGUGGUUAAAAAAUAUUUGGAAGAGUAAAAACAGUAAGAAUCUGGGGUAAAAAUGAUUUGGUAAGUUUGUAAUCAGACUUACUGAUUCAUGCGCAAAAGAGAAUCUUUUUGAUUUUUGUUAUUUGGUCAUUGUAACCAUCAUUGCUUACCAAUGUUUGGAAACCAGCAAACUAUAUGGGCUAUGUAAACACAUUAUUUUUCUUUUUUUACUGUAUCCAAAAACUGUUGACCACUUUUGAUUUGCUGCUGAAAUGCUAGAGCUUAUAGAAAUCCAUUAAACUGAUUUUAAUUGAAAAUAA